AUGUUAAAAAAGCCUGAGUCUAAAAUUCAAGUAACUGACUUGGAUGGUGGGCGCACUAUCUCCGAGGAAGGUAGCAUCUCUAAUGGAGAAGUAUUUUUGAGCGAGGAUGGGAAGUUAUUCGACGGUACUCUUGAAAAAACAAUCUGCUGGAAAUUUGAUCUGAGGAUUCUUCCCAUGAUAGCCAUCAUGUAUUUAUUCAACGCCUUGGACAAGGGGAAUAUCUCUAACGCCAAGACCAAUCAUAUUGACAAAGAUUUGGGUAUUGUGGGACAACAAUGGAACAACAUGUUGUCCAUCUUCUACAUUCCGUUUGUUCUCUUCGCGUUUCCGUUGUCUUUGGUAAUCAGAAGAUUCAAUGCCGCCAACGUGAUUCCGAUCCUUAUGUUUACGUUUGGUUCCAUUUCUAUGUUAAGUGCCACAGCUUUUGAUUAUGGCUCUCUGAUGGCGGCCCGGUGGUUUCUCGGUAUCUGUGAAUCGGCCUUUUUGCCUGGUAUUAUCUACUAUUUGAGUACUUUUUAUCGGCGGCAUGAGCUUGCCAGAAGACUUUCCAUUUUUUACGCUGCUGCCAACAUUGCAAACGCCUUUUCGGGCUUGCUGGCGUUUGGAGUUUUUCAAAUCAAGAACAGCAAAUUGCAGGGUUGGAAAAUUUUGUUUUUGAUUGAGGGUGGUGCGACUGUUGUGUUUGCUUUAGUUGCAUUCCUGUAUUUACCAAGGUGCCCCGAAAACUCCCACUUUCUAAAUCAGCGGGAAAAAGACUGUGCAAGAUGGCGUAUUGAAACUGAUUCAUCAGCAAAAUCCGUUGGAAGCGUAUCUUUUAAAGAUGCUGUAAAAGUUUUUAAGCAUCCUGUUGCCAUUGCUUGGAUGUUACAAGAAAUCGUGAUCGGUGUGCCGCUAAACUCGAUCAAUAACUGGUUUCCUCAAAUUGUUCAGUCUUUAGGCAAGGGAACCGUUCAAACAAAUCUUUACACAGUCGCUCCAAAUGUUUGGGGAGCAGUUGCUCUUAUUUUUCUAUGCUUUUGCUCUGAUUACACGCGCGUUCGGUCAGUGUUCAUCAUGAUUGGUGUUGCAGUUACCUUAGUCGGUUUUGUCGUCUUCGGAUGUAUUGACACGAAAUCUCAUCUGGGCGCCGCUUAUUUUAGUUGCUUCCUGAUGACCACCGGAGCUUCUGUUUCUUCUGUUUUGACAUCCACUUGGUAUAACAACAAUACUCCAAAUGAGAAUCGGCGUGUUGUUAUUUCUGCUAUUGGUGUACCUUUGGCCAAUGCAGCUGGCUUAAUUUCCACAAAUAUUUUUAGGGCAAAAGAUGCACCAAAAUAUUUGCCCGCUCUCGGUAUCACUGCUGGUUUCGGUGGUGCCGCUAUACUGCUAAUAGCCGGAAUUCUCGCUUUCAUGAUUUUUGAUAAUCGUCGCAGAAACAGGAGGCAAGGCGUCUCCCUGACCUAUAAGGACGUCCCAACGUCAGAGCUUGCGGAAGGCCCCGACAAUCCCAAUUAUAGAUGGAUGUACUAA